AUAAAUAUAAAUAUAAAUAUAAAUAUAAAUAUACACACACAGUACCAGUGCUGGGUCACGUGCAGGUGUGAGUGGAUUCAGAGCAAACCCCACUCUGACAGUGCAGCAUGAAUUGCUCUACUGCUCUGCAACAUCAAAUUCAAAUUUCAGCCUGGUUCUUAACCAGAAUUCUUCCAUGAGAGAGGCUUUUCUUACCAAACCAACACCAAAAAAAGUUCCAAAAAAUGGCCAGCUUAAAUCCAUCUGGGCCGUGGCGUUCAGGAUGGGAGAAUGCAUGGUUUCCUAUUAAUGCUGCUCCAAUCCUCUUAAUGAAGAUCUUGGGCUGGCUUGGGCACAUUUAUAGCUCAGGUCAUUCUUCCCCCUGACACAGAUAAUGCUGGGCUCAGAGCCGCGGGGCUGCUGAGGAUGAGCAAGGGCUGUGUGUGCUGGGAGGAAGGCUUGGUGGAGCUGAGCAGGAGCCCCCAGCUGCACCUUGGGUCUGCCACCAAACCAGAAACGAGCUUCAGGGGGAGGGAGAGCAGGGGAUUCCGUGGACACAAGGAGGGGAAGGGGAUAAGGAGAAUAUGCCCUGAAAAUCUGGAAUAAACAGCUGCUGCUCUCCUUAGCUCAAAGCUUUAAGAUGGAGAUGUGGCAGUGAGAGGAAGGUGUGUGGAUCUAGGUGCCUUCACUCAGUCUCACAGCCUCAGCAGGCAUUCCAUUAACUGAAUCCAUCAGCAGGUUUUGCUGUGGAAGUGUUUGUUUUCUCAGCAUUCCCCCUCUGUAUCUGAUGUUUUUCCUGUGCCCCAUCUCACUGGAGCACUGAGCAGCCCCCACAGGCAGGCAACACAAGCCAGCACCACAAAGAUUAAUGUUCCUUCCCUCAUAAUCCCUUUUUUCCCCUAGAAAACCCUACAGGACGGAGAAUGGGGCUGUGAGUUGUGUGUGCAGGAACCUCUGCUCCCACAUUCUUUGACAGGGAGGUAUUAAUGAGCAGAAAGACCCUGAGCCCCUGGAGUUUGCUUCUAAAUAGGGCACAGCUCGGAACAUCUGAAGGUCUCUGGGGCUCAUGGGUGGGAAUCUCCUAAUGAUCUUUAGUUAUUUUUAUCCGUGCCCAGUGCUCAGUGCUGCGGGGCACAGGAGCCACUCGGAGAUCUCCUGGGGAGGGCACGGAGCUGCCAGCCCUGGGCAGGGGAGGAGGAACAGAAAAUAAAGAGCAAAAAAGGGAAGGCGGCACAGCCAGAACACCAGAGAAAGGCACGGGACAGCCAGAAGACAAACAAAGGACUUGGGCAGGGUUUUUCUUCUUUUCCUUCUGUUUUUAACCCUGCUUUCCCAAGGAAAAUGGGACAGCAGUUCACCAAUGCUGAGGGGGAGCAAGGGGAGAUUGAUGUUGCAGAGCUGCAGGAAUGGUAUAAGAAAUUUGUGGUGGAAUGUCCCAGUGGGACCCUCUUCAUGCACGAGUUCAAGCGGUUCUUCGGGGUCCAGGACAACCAGGAGGCAGCAGAGUAUGUGGAGAACAUGUUCAGGGCUUUUGACAAGAAUGGGGACAACACCAUUGAUUUCCUGGAGUAUGUGGCUGCCUUGAACCUGGUUUUGAGGGGGAAGCUGGAGCACAAGCUGAGGUGGACGUUCAAGGUGUACGACAAGGAUGGCAACGGCUGCAUAGACAAACCCGAGCUGCUGGAAAUCGUGGAGUCUAUCUACAGGCUGAAGAAGGUGUGCUGGUCGGAGGUGGAGGACAGGACCCCGCUGCUGACACCAGAGGAGGUGGUGGACAGGAUAUUUCAGCUGGUGGAUGAGAACGGGGAUGGGCAGCUGUCCCUCGAUGAGUUCAUCGACGGAGCCAGGAAGGACAAGUGGGUGAUGAAGAUGUUGCAAAUGGACGUGAACCCCGGGGGAUGGAUCAUUGAGCAGAGGAGAAAGAGUGCUUUGUUCUGAGAGAGGCGGCUCUGGCACAGCUGAAAGGUGAUGCUGAGCCCCAAGCGUGAUCCUCCCUCUAGCCUGGUAACGACUUUCCUUUUUAAUUCCACCUCAGCAUCCCGAUGAAAACCUGAGUUGUUUCAGCAGCCGUCUGUGAUGUAAACCCCCGAGCACUGCUGGUACCCAGGGACUGUUUCUGGCCCGUGAAUAACCCUUCCUGUGUACACAAUUCUGUGUUUGCCAGCUCUGCUUUUUGGUUACACCCCAAGGAACAAAGUUCUGGUGGCUUCCUGCACAGAUCUGAGCAGGGUUUGGGCUGGGCAGUGAGGAAUGGAGCCAGUGGUGCUGUGUCAGUGCAGACUGUGCUGGCAAGGCUCGCUCCUGCCCUUUCAGCACCCAGAGCAGCACAGGGUGGUUGUUGGAUGCUCAGGGCAUCUCUGGGUAUGUUUUAUAGCAUUUACUGCUGCUCGUGUCCAACAAAAAAAACACCAAAAAAUGAGAAUUGGAUCAGAGCAGUGGCCAGGACAGCACACAGAGCUGGGGGAAACAUCCUCAGGGCUGGGCAGGAGCAGCAGCAGCUCCUUCCUCCCCCUCUGGGGGCCAGAGGCUGCUCCUGCCUGCCCCGAGGCCUGGGGGCUGGGAGGUGCUGGCUGCAGACACUGGCAUUUCCCAGCCCCUCUCAGAGCACAGAACACAGGCGUGACCCUUCCAGCCCCUGGUUCUCGGGAACUUCACUAGAACAGCUUUUCCUGCCCUGGGAAGAGCGGGUGAGCCCAGGAGCUGUCACUGCACUGGGGAGAGGUUGGUGUGGGAGCAGAGAUGGGGAAGAGCUGAGCUGUGCUUGGCAGUGUCUGUGCCAUGGAGGAUUUGUGCUGCUCCACUGGCAGGACCAGAACCAGAAAUCAGGGAUGGUUUGGGUUGGGAGGAACCUGGAAACUUCUCCAUUUCCAAUCCCCCUGCUCUGGGCAGGGAUGCCACAUCAGAUUGCUCCAAGCCCUGUCCAAACUGGCCUUGAAAAGUGAAAAAAUUUCCAGUACAGUGGUUUUACACUGCACUUAAUUUAGCCCCAGACUGCAGAUACAGAAUUUACACAAGUUGCAGGCUGAGCUCUGCUGUCCUCACCCGUGUUUCUACACAGAUGUAGGUGGGAAAAGAAUUCGGGUUGAAUCAAUAUUUUGGUUCACCUUUAUUGGAUUUACUCCUUCAUUCCAAAGAAAACCCCCCAGGAAAACAACAUGAGCUUGUCUGUUCCAUUUUAACUUUCCUCUGGGAUCAGUGGGCCAGGUCAUACCAAUGAAAAGAUUUACAACCCCUUUUUUGUGGCCUUUAAUUAGGACUGCAGUAGCUGUCAUUAGCUGAUUAGUGAGCUGGUUUGUGGUCUUGUCAGUUUUCCCAGUGUUUGAAUUCCAUGGGGAAGUGCUCAGGAUUAGACACAAUCAGUGCUGGGGUUCAGAUUGUGCACAUUUCCACUUGGAAAUAGCCUUUCCAUGAGUUCUCUGUAAACACGAGCAGUCUGUGCUGUGCUGACUUAUCAGAGCUGAUUAGGCUUGUGCUCUCUGCUGCUCCGAGGCAGCCGGGCAAAGCUCUCUCUGGUCAAUAGUUUAUCAGCUCCAGGUCUGAAAGAAAAAUCUGAUUCUGACUUGAGAGCCUGCAUGAAAACAUUCACAUUUAUUGAUUUUCCAGCUUGUGAAAAACUGUUUUCAUUGGAGGCUCCAAACCUCUAAGAAUUCCUUACAUUUCAGCAUCUCAACCCCCUGCUGCCUGCACGGAUUUAGAGAGGCUGUUUAGUUCACAGAAUUGCGUUUUGCUGCUUCACUGAAAUGCUUCCAAUGCUCCAGUUCUGCUCACCGGGUCAGCCCAGGCUCUGCUCGGGGACCCCAGGCCAGCAGCCCUCCCCUGGUGAGCACUUGUACAGACCUCAGUAGGAGU